CGGGUCACGUGACGGCGCUGUCGCAAGCCCGCAGUCGGACAACAUGCUGGCGGCUGCUUGGGCCGGUCUGGCGCUCCUCUGGGCGGCGGGCGGCGGCGCGGGGGACGCGGCGGGCUACCGGAGGAGGGUCUCCCUGGAGUACAACCCAGGAUGGGCCAGCUCAGCGGUGAACCUCUUGCACAGCCGGGCGGUGGGCCUCAACGAUACGCUUCACUAUGUCUGGAGCACCAUCGGGGCCCCCACAGUGUUGUUGGUGUACACCGCAAGCGACAACAGUUCCCUUCGCGUCAACUGGACCCAGCUCCUGUCCUCUUCUCCAGCGGGAGCCAUCUGGGUCGAACCGGCUGAGAGUGUCUUGUAUUCCACCGCCGUGGUCUUUCCCAGGCUGUGGGAAUAUGACCCUACCAACACGUCGGACUUCUCGCAAAUCCAGACGGAGCACAUCUAUGCCAGUUACAACCUGGCCAACUUCAGCUGGGACAGCUUGGAAGGGCAGCUGAAUAAAACGGCCCUCAGCGCCGACUUCCAAGGCCGCAAAGGGACCUUCGGGAACGGGAGCAUCUCUUUCAAGGUGACGGCCUACGAGGAGGGCAGCCGCGACGGGCCCCUCCCGCGCCUUCUGCACACCGCCAACAGCUCCAAGGUGGAAUUCGCCAUCCAGGGUGUGCCCCUCCAGGGGAACCACUCCCGCUUUGCCCUGGAGAUCCUGGCAGUCGAGGAAGGGAAGCGGCAGAAGCAACUGCAGUCGGUCCGCUCCAUCGAUGACGAAUACACCCCGACCAUUUUCGAGAUGGUGCAGCUGAUCUCUGAGCCCCACAACCACAGCCUGGGGUCCAGCUUCCUGCAGUGGAAGAUGGCCGCCUACAGCUCUGAAACCCCCACUCGAGAAAACACCGUCCAUUGUCAGUACUACCCCCUCCAGAUGGUCCGCAACCUCGGUCCUGAGUUCAGGAUUCUCCACGCCUACUUUGGGGGGGACCUCGAGCGAUCCUGCAGCCUGUCUGCUCUCAAUAUCUCCUUUGGUAGCGAGGACAACGAAGCGUACAGAGAAAAGAAAUACUUGAGCUGGUCUGCGCUGGUCGGUUUUGGGGAACCCCCGAGAGAGGAAUUCUCUCCGCUGGUCAUCGGGAUCCUGGCCGUGGCGCUGGGAACGCCGGCGAUGCUCCUAAUCGCGGGGAGCCUGGUGGUGCUGACAAGGAAGCGGAAGCCGUGUUCGGAGUACAAACCAAUCAACUGACGGGCAGGAGAAGCCCCAAAUGGCCGCUUCUCCGAGGCGUCCAUUUACGGACAGACCGAGGAGUUUCCUUGGGGAUUAUUGCAAAGAGGCCGGUCUCAGCUGCCCCUGUGGGGUAGGAUUUAUUUAUUGCUUUGCCCUAAAGGGGGCAAAAUUCGUCUCAAGAAUCAGGGUGCUGAAGACGGACAGGUUCUCCGGGGUUCAUUCAUCGCUUCUGUCGCUUUGAAAAGCGGGUGUUGUGGGUUCCUCGGAUGGCGACCUCAUUGGGACCUGCAAUUUUAAGCAGGAAGAGGAACAGUUGAGUGGCUGGGAGGGAGGGUCUCUCUCAAAGGGUCUCUUCCCACCACACCCCCUCACAAUGCCUGGAGCACAGUUCUCAAACGUGGGGACAUUUUGGUUUUACAGACCUAAGUUCGCCAGGGCGCUGCAUUUUUCUAAAAGGAACUGAUGGAAGGGUGGGGGUGAUCUUUGCUUUUCUUCAGCCUCAGAGCAGGGUUCCUGCUGCUGGUUCUGCACAAAGCCCUGAGUUUUUGCCAAAAUGACAAAGUGGGCCUUUGUUGGCCAUCUUAUCCCUUUCCGAGAGAAACUAGUGUGUUUGGGCAGGUUUACCUUCCUCCUUUGCUAAUUCUGUUUUUUCUUCCCAAACCCAAAGACCCAGAAAGUUGAACUCUGUUUUCAAUCAUCACAUGGACCUUUCCAGUUACGAAGAAAAUUCCUUCCUUCCUUCCUUCCUCUCCAAUUCUCCUUUCCUUCUCCCCCUUUCCCCUUUGCCUCCUUCCUUCCUCCCUCCCUCCCUCCCUUCUUUCCUUCCUCCCUUCCCCUGUU